GCAUAAUAUGAACUCUGCGCCGGGUAAUUUUAGUCAGCACUCAGCAGUUCAGCAUUCAGUACUCAGCAGGAAAAGCAGGGAAGAUUACACAUUGGAGUUCUGGAAUGUGGAGUGAUUAGGAAGCCAUGACAAGAUAAGGAAGAUAUCGUAGAUAUUAGGUUUAUAUAAGUUGCCCUUUACGAAGUAGACCGAUUCUGUUUAAAAGUGAUGCGCAGUAAAUUUUGUAAGAUUUGCAAUGAGUUGGUUUAAAUUUUUAAUGUGAAAUCAAAUGGGAAUAAUAUCGUCAGCUUUCGUCACAGUUAACAAAAUUUACGUCAAUAAGUGGCGCUAAUUGAGGUUCUCGUUCAAAGCUCUAGCUGUAAUAUUAAACAAAAAUGCCUCUCAAUACUGGAGAAAUAAUGAAUGCUCUUGCUAUCGUGUCAGAACACGAACACAUGAAUGUUGCAGUCAAGGAAUCGGCUAAAGGAGGAAUAAUUACGGGUGUGUCCACCGUUUGUGGAGGCCUCCUGCUUGGACCUCUUGGCUUGGCACUUGGUGGCACAUUUGGUGGAAUCACAGCAUAUUGUAUGAGUAAGAACAAGUUCAAGCCUGUCCCAAAAAUAUUGAUGGAAGAUCUUACGGUUCGUCAGAAAGAAGAACUGGUUAGAUCUGUUCAGGCUGCUAUUAAUGACAUUAGAGCAGAAGAUGCAGCUAUGCUUGCGUCAUUGAUUCUCGCUGAUAGAACUCUGUCUGUAACUGUACUGCAGUUGGUAACAAAUUUUCUGAGAACUCAGAUAGGUGCAGAAGUAACUGGUCCAAGCUAUCUUCAGUAGUAUUGUUUUAUUUUUAAAAUCAAAUGGUAAUGUUUUCAUUUUUCUGUGUAUUAUAUAAAACAGUUACUAAAUUAGGUUUUUAUCUAUCUGUAUCACACAUGGGCAUUUAUAUUUUGAGAAUACAAUAAUUGUCUACUUUCCUUCAGAAAAAUAAUGGACUCAGCAUUUUUACAAAAGGCACAACACAGGAAUUUGGUUGUGUUCAUCUAUCUUUUAAAUAAUAUAGAAAUUCUGUGUUGUAUGGCUUUACCAUGUAUAAAAGUGUAUUAUUUUCAUAGAAUUUUAUUCUUAUGUGAUGAGUGUUAAACAGAUCAAUAUGUGAUAUGGACUGUGAUAAGUUUGACAAAUGUUACUGUAAAAUUUGGAUUUUCAGCAUUAGCUAGGAAAACGAGCUAGAGUGUGAUAGUUUUUAUACUUGAUAUAAUAUGUAAUCUAGUGCUGAAAUAUAAGAGUAAUAUUGUCAGUGCCAUGGAAAUAAAUGAAUCAAAUUCAGGGAUUAAUUUGUCAGUAUUUAAAAACUGUGCUGAACAUUCACUUCAGAGAAUUUUAUUCUAUAAACCCGCUUUUUACCUACUAUUAUUAAUUUGUAUCUUUGGGAAGGGGGAGGGAGGAGAAAGAGAGAUCAUCUGUUUUAUUAAAAUACGUACAAUUCUGGUAUGCGAUACAAUGAACACUACGCACCUGGAGGAUCAAAGUCAACAGUCGUGAGAGUUCUCAAUCAGUUGUUUGCAUUUUCUGUGGGUCACAUUCAUGACAACUCACCAUGAUGAUGAAAGUGUCUGUAAGUUCCCAAAUAAACCAUAUUAUCUCUGAAAA